GUCUCCCUACUCCUUUCCUUUGUCCCUCGCCUCCCUCCUCUGGUGUAAGCGCAUGGCAGGGCAGCAGAAUCAGUAAUGAAGAAAGUGCCCAAUUUAGCCUCCUCAGCCGCGCGCUCCUCUGAGAUGUGCUUCCUGCCUGCCUCUCUGCCUGGGUGCAGCGAGGCGGGAUGCUGUGAGUGGCUGAGCUAGAGCUGACAUCACAGGGGCCAGCUGUUGAUUUGGUGCUGUCUCUGAGGCUGGGGCGAGUCACUGACUGUCAGGCGCCUACUGAGGGACUCUGGCAGGUAGACACACACACACACAAACCCACGACGAUAGGAGGCUGUGUGAGACUGCUGCAGGGAGCGAGUCGCUCCGAGCAGCUACGUCCUCCUCAACCAAUGCUGCCUUGGGUACUACGGACUCCUCCAACAGCUUGCAAUGAACAUAAGGAGGGCUACUAUGUGGCAGGUCUGUGAUGGCCAUGAGCAGCUUGGAGGGCAGUGCCACCGAGGCCGUUCAGAUCUGGACACCAGAGACUCCGAGCUGGUGCUAAGGACAUGGGACUCUCCCUCAGAGUUAGCGACAGGCUCAGCAGCACGAGACGUUACAGUGACAAACCAGAGGUGGCGCAGGACUGCUGCCCUCAGAGCCUCCUCACCCCCUGCAGGACGUCACCACCACAGGCCCAGCAGCUCCCAGACCCCAGUAACAGCAGUGUUGUAUAGAGACUCUCUGUAAGCUGUGCGUCUGAUGAGGAUGUCUGAUCCUGUUACUGUAAAGGACAUCAGUAGGACUGAGACCAUGAAGGUUUGUGAGGCUGGAGUGGAGCUGGAGGCAGCAGACUGGACCGACACCACAACAUUAGGAGCAGACAGCAGACGGAACGGUGUGAAGGACAAACCCAAACAGGCUGGGAGCCUGGUGCCGGAACACAAUGCCACCGGUCACCAAGACGGAAGCUGCUGUGACAACAAGAGGGAAACGUCACAGUCUCCUGUAUCAGCUGGCCAGUCGGUGAGGGGCUCUAAGUCCAGGGCCAAGGUAAAGUUAGUACGCAGCCUGGCUGUCUGUGAAGAGUCCUCUCCUCCCUUUCUAACUGCACACCAGCUGACACCAGAUCCUCAGAUAUCCCAGUCCUUUGAUAAGGAGGAGCUGUCUGCCAAGGAGGAGAAAGAGAAGGUGGAGAAACCAGAGAAGGUGGAGAAACCAGAGAAGAUGUCCAGGAAAAUGCUGUCAAGAGAUUCCAGCCAGGACUACACAGACUCUACUGGAAUAGACCUGCAUGAGUUCCUGGUCAACACUCUAAAGAACAACCCCAGAGACAGAAUGAUGCUGUUGAAGUUGGAGCAGGACAUUCUGGAUUUUAUCAGUAAUAAUGAAAGCCAGAAGAGGAAGUUUCCUCCCAUGACUUCGUACCAUAGAAUGCUGCUACAUCGAGUGGCUGCCUACUUUGGCAUGGAUCACAAUGUUGACCCCACUGGGAAGUCUGUCGUCAUCAACAAAACUAGCAAUACAAGAAUACCAGAUCAAAAAUUCUCCGAACACAUAAAAGACGACAAAACGGAUGAUUUCCAAAAACGCUACAUUCUCAAAAGAGACAACGCCAGCUUCGACCGGGAAGACGGCAUGAUACGAAUGCGCCUGAAAGACGACAGGAGAAGCAAAUCUAUCGAGGAGAGGGAGGAAGACUAUCAGAGAGCCAGGGACAGGAUAUUUGCACCAGAUGGAGAUCAUUUCCAUCUAGAUGGAAGGAGCCCUGAUGAAGAGGCUUGUAUCAGCACACAACAGAGGCGGCAACUCUUCAGACUAGGGGACGGGCGGUCAGCCAGCAGUAGACAGAGCAGCUCUGAGAAUGACCCCAAGAACUGUGAUGCCCGGCCGUGGAGCAGCACUGAUUCAGACAGCUCCAACCGUAACCUGAGGCCGACCAUGACCAAGGCCAGCAGUUUCAGCAGCAUCUCUGUCCUCAUCAGAGGAGACAGCUCAGCCAGCAGCAAGAGCACCGGACGCCUCUCCAAAACAGGUUCUGAGUCUUCUAAUAGUGUAGGGUCUUCUACGAGUUCCAUCUCUCGCCCCCAAGUACUCCACCUGCCUCUCCCUGUCCCAGCUGCUCUAACCCAGGCAGCCGGCCCUGUCGGGGGCCCCAGCACGGUGCUGCCUACACCCUCCUCUGCGUCCUCCGCUGCCACGGCCCCCAGCAGUAGUAGAGCUUCUGUACACUGUGAUCGGGGCAGCAGGAAUGGCCCGGCGCCUGCAUCCGGCCCAGCGCCAACCCAGGCCGCUGCUAAUGCUACUAGUUACUAUUUGCUUCCCCCGGAAGCCACAGGGAUACCGCCUGGCAGUAUACUGGUCAACCCACACACAGGCCAACCCUUUGUGAACCCUGACGGCAGUGCUGUGGUCUACAACCCCUCGAUGACCUCACAGCAAGGUGGGAGGAGCCAGCAGCCCUUGGCCCCUCCCCUACCGCCCCCAGCCCCGCACCAGCCAGCCAAUCACGUCCUCUCCCAGCCGGUCCGGCAUCUCCAGCCCUCUGCUCCACAGCCGAUCCAGUACUCAACCAUCUCUUACCCUCCUCCUCAGUUCCUGCCACUCUCCUCUAACCAACAAUACACUUUGCAAGAAGGGCUGGCUGCCCAGUUCAGCCACAUGAGUGUGGUGCGCCAGGCGUCCAGCGACGUCACUAACGGCGGCCCCCACCCUGCCAUGUACCCCUCGGGCCCUGUGGUGCUCCAGGCCCCCCUGCAGCACCAGCAGACUGGCUACAUGGUGGCCCCUCCAGGGCCCCCUGUGGUGGGGCCAACCCAGGCCUACCCCGGCCCUGCACACCCUAUGAGCCAGCCGGUCAUGCAGCAGCAGCAGGGCUACAUGCCACAGCAGAUGCACACAUGUUACUGUGCUCCAGCCCAGGACCCCCACUCCCACUGCAACCAGCACUAUCGCCCUGUCAGCCCCGUGCACUACACCAGCCCCCAGAACCAGCCUCUUCCCCAGCAGCCAGGUUACCACGCUGUGAUGCCAAAUCAGCCCCAAGGCCCUCAGCAUCAGAACCUGGUGAACAACCAGCAGCACAGCAAUAUGGGAAAUCACAUGACGGCCUUCAUGGUCCAGUACCCUUCAAUGCCGUCUUAUCAGGUAUCAAUGCCCCAGGGGUCUCAGAACAUGCCUCCACAUCAGCAGGCAUGUCAACAGCCAAUGAUGAUCCAGAGCCAACCAAGCCAAGGUCCCAUGGCCAUGUCAGGCAUGCAGGUUUACUACAGUGUCAUGCCCCCAAAUCAACACAGCACCAUGAGUCCAUCGAUGGGUUUCUUACCUCCUCCUGGGGCAGAGCAGAUGCAGUUUCCCCGGGCUUCGUCUCCGUGUGGAACCCAGCAGCUACCAGGACAGCAGUGCUCAGGUGUGCUCCCCGGUCCUCACAGUGGUGGUAUGGUGAUGAUGCAGCUGACCCUGCCCCCUAACCACCUGCCCAGAGCCCACUCCCCUCCACAGUGGAAACACAACAGAUACUACAGUCUGGAUCACACACGCAGCCAGAGGUCCUCAGAACAACUAAACAACUCACAGAACAGUCCCCAGCUGGGCGGCCCCAGCACGCCUCCAGCCCAGCCCCAAGCCCCAACCCACCAACUCACCUCCAUAAAGAACCUCCGCUCGGCAGGCCUCACCCCCAUCCCCAUAAUGACCCAGUUCCCCAGACCCUUCGGCCCAGGGCAGGCAGUGGACGGCAGAUACCCAUUACUGGGUCAACCCCUCCAGUACAACCCUGCCAUCAGGCCUCCGCUGAUCCAUGGCACACACCACAUGAUCCCCAACCACGGCCCAAUGGGAAUCCGGCAUCAUGGGGGGCGAGGGAGGAGACCACCACCCAGGAAGUCAUUAUCAUCAGAUCUUAGUGUAGGUGACCCAGUGAACGGUGGAGUCCUGGAGGUGCUGGAGCUACCAGAGGGCAUCAGUCGUACGGAGGCAGACUGUCUCCUGGGGGAACUGUACAGAGGAGGGGCCAUGAUCAAGUGGUUGUCUGAGACCCAACAGCACCAACACCAGUCUGGUGAUACCCUGCUGAAGCACUGUGGGGCUGGGGGGGACGGUAACGACGGUGACACAAACACUGACACUACUUCCUGUUCCAAAACCCCCAGUAGUAACCAUAACGACCUGGCGUCCACCUACACCAUCCUGGCUGUGUUUCCCUCCAGGUACGCAGCUCAGAACGCCUUGCUGAGACACAGUGGCCCUGCCGGCCCUGGGCCCCUUCUCACCAACACGUUCAAACUCAGAACUAGCAAGAGACACUCUGAUGAGUUUCACAACCAGGAGAGGACCACCUCUCAAUAGCAGGGUGGGGUGCUGUAGCCAGCCAACCAGGAGAGGACCACCUCUCAAUAGCAGGGUGGGGUGCUGUAACCAGCCAACCUGGAGAGGACCACCUCUCAAUAGCAGGGUGGGGUGCUGUAGCCAGCCAACCUGGAGAGGACUUGCUCUCAAUAGCAGGGUGGGGUGCUGUAGCCAGCCAACCUGGAGAGGUCUACCUCUCAAUAGCAGGGUGGGGUGAUAUGUUACUAGGGCCCCUGAGAGGUUGUUCUAGGGGCUCCCAUGGGCUGCUAUGAGGGGCUGCCGGUCACGGGCACUCGCCAUGGCCCCUCCACCCCACCACCACCUCCACUGCUGCCAUCGGCCAACCAAUCAGACACCCCUCUUCUGCAAGCAUCACUCACUAGCCUCCACUCCCCACCGGACUGACAGACAGACUGAUGGAGUAUCACUCGGUUGGCAUCAUCUAACAGCUUUUUCACUUGAGUUGUAGAGGCUUUCUGGGAAUGUGUUAAUGCCUGUGGAACGUUCUCUACUUUUUGAGAUGGAAAUCUGUAAAAAAGGAUCGGACAACACGCCAAUGUUGAAACACAAAGACACAGACAGAAAAACAGGAAUGAAGUUCCAAAAGUGUCCUAUUUUAUUUGCAGACAGAACAUGGUAAAGGAAGCAGCAUGUUUUAUUUUGUUUUAUGUUUGUUAAAAGCUGCAGUCAGAACACCCAAAGCAGGGUUGUACUCAUUCAUUACAAGAGGAUAAUAUACCAAGUGUCUCUCAUUGGACAAGAGUGUCUCUCUUUGGGCCGGAUUGUGAGAUCUGCAACGGAUAACUCCAGAUUUCGGUUUAAAAUGUCCCGUUGAUUUACACGAAAGCCUGAGUUGUGCCGGCGUAUAAUAUCAAGUCAGGAUUCGGCCCGUAGAGUCAGUCUCCCGUUAGUCAGUUGGUGUGCUACUACAACAGAAGAUUAGUCUUCUAGAACAAGGUUGUGUCCCAAAUGGCACCCUAUUUCCCUAUAUAGUGCACUACUUAGGUCCCAUAGGGCUGUGGUCUUAUGAGCCCUAUGGGACCUGGUCUAAAGUAGUGCACUAUCUAGAGAAUAGGGUUCCAUUUGGGACUUAACCCAACAGAAUGGUGCCUUCUAACUGGGCUCGGGUGCCACUAUCCAUCCCUCUCCCCAACACCCCUAAAGACACCCCAUCCAAUUCCAUUUGUAUAAACUCUUGACCCAUCAAUUUCUUUCACAAUGAAUCAUCACUGAUAUGGUAGCUAAAUUAUUCUCACUUUUCAACACAGUAAAUGGUAUGUUUGCACUGGCACAAGGGAGAAAUGUUUGUUUUGAAAGUGGUUUAUUGUUUUUAAGGAGAAGAUGAGAAGAACCUUGGUGCAUCUCAUUGAUGGGUCAUUCUAUUUGAGCUAUUCUAAAAUUAAUGUCCUUCUCACCAACCUCCUCCAACCCUCUCUGUUCAGUCCACCCAUUCCCUGGUUACGUAUCAACCUCCUCCAACCCUCUCUGUUCAGUCCACCCAUUCCCUGGUUACGUAUCAACCUCCUCCAACCCUCUUUGUUCAGUCCUCCCAUUCCCUGGUUACGUAUCAACCUCCUCCAACCCUCUCUGUUCAGUCCACCCAUUCCCUGGUUACGUAUCAACCUCCUCCAACCCUCUCUGUUCAGUCCACCCAUUCCCUGGUUACGUAUCAACCUCCUCCAACCCUCUCUGUUCAGUCCACCCAUUCCCUGGUUACGUAUCAAAUGGCACCCUAUUCCCUAUGGGCCCUGGUCAAAAGUAGUGCACUAUAUAGGGUGGCAAGGCCAAAUUCCUUUCAUGUUUAGUUCGUUUUACCGUUCGUAUCCUAUCAGAAGGGUCACUGGAAAAGUGUGCAUUAUUCACAACACACCCCAACCCCAUCACACCCAAACAAAUGUCUAUUUAAGAUGGUUGUUGGUGGUGGAUUCAGGAGAAGAUGUACAGUCUGCUGGUGCAAGAUGUUUUUAUUUCUGUUUGAAACCAAUAAAUGUUUACACCAAAA